AUGAUAAAGUUUUCCCAGUACAUAGCUGAACGACUUGGGGCUGACAUUAAUUCUGAUGUCUCAUGGACCAGUUCACUGAAUACCCCAGUUUCAACCACCCUUAUUUUGAACAGAGCAGAGGACCGUCCCUGCCCAGUGAGCCCAAUUGCAGGCAAACAUGUUUUUACUGUGCGGAAGCUUUUCCCCUCCCUUUCAAACACAUCUCGGAUUGCUGAUCCAUCUCUUGAAAAGAGUGAUGAGCCGACUAUUCAACAAGCUGUGGAUUGCCUUCAUCCCGGUCACAGCAGAAGAUCCCUGGACCCUCUGCAGUCUCCACUGGACCAGAAUGACAGCAGCUGGAGGCAGACACUACCAGAUGCAACUGGCAAUGGAGAAAUUUGUAUCACAGAGGCAAGUGUCCUUGCAGGAACUGAAAAUGUCCCCUCCAUAUUCUUUACCAAGAGUAGUUCAACCUUGAGGAGAGUGAAAACCAAGGACAGAAUCAAAAGGAAGCAAAACAUCUUAACCAAAGAAAAAAAUGACUGUUCACUAAAUGUGACAACAAAAAAUGUUGACUCGGGUGGAAGAAUAGGCGAUGAGGAACAUAGAGAGGUUCCAUCUUCCCCUCACAUAGGAAGCAAGGACAACACUGAAGAUACCGCAGUCACUCACUGGUCUCCACUGAGGUCAUCUAACAUUUCACAGUGUGAUUUGGAGACAUCUUGCAAUGUUUAUGAUCCCACUAAACGGUUGGAACCCAACCUUAAAACAGAUCAACCAACAUGUGAAGGUGACCCCCACCAACUUAGCAGUCCAUCAGUGAAAAUCUCUGACUCUACGUUUACUAAGAAAACGAGAUUUGUAUAUACCAUUGAGAGUCCCAGUCCUCGGCUAAAUGGAAAAAAUAUGCUAACUGAGAAUCUCCAAUCAAUUCUGAAUCCAGUUUCUGGACAAGAGUGUAAUGUGAAGCAGAGUGAAAAGGCCUCAGAUGAGGUGCAGCGUCAUCAUGUCAAUGAAAAAAUGUGUAAUCGGGGGAACAAGAGUUCCCAGCAGGGAAAUGGGGCAGAAAAAACUCAAGUUUCCUCAUUGCCAUCUGAAGGCCAGGAUCUUGACAUGUCUCAGCUUUGCAGGGCUUUUGCACAAGAUAUCACUCAAAUAUCAGAUGUGAGUACAUCAGAAGAACAUACAGCCGAAGAUUUCUUCUCCCCAUCAGUGUGUCUGUCAGCAAUGAAACAAAGAAACAAAAAACUGUUAAACAAGCAAAAAUCAUUUCAGAGAGUAACUAACCUUCAACUGGAUUGUAAUGUCAUAAGUAACAAAGGACAUGUUACCGCCCCUCAGCCAAAGUCCUCCAAUCUAGAAAGCACAGUAAGUGGGUUCCAAUCUACUGCUGUUGUCACUCACGUUACGAGCUCAUCACCUGUUCUCAGCACAGAAAAAGACACUGAAAGUAAACCUUCCUCUGACUGUAAAACUGAAAUCAGCGAGGUCACUCUUUUACAGAUGUCAACAAAGGAUAAGGGAAGCACACAUUUGAAUGACAUUAUGGAGGAAAAUGUAGCUGAUGUUUAUCUGUCCAGCAGCAUUGGCAAGCAAAGCCAGAUGUUAGGCCCUGGUGCGGGGAGUAACCCAUACUUGGAAAAGACACCCAAAGCCCCACACCCACCUGUAAGUGCAACGGCAAUAGUCAAUGGAAAACGUGCAGAACAUAACAGUCGAGUUCAUAUCGGUGACCCACAGCAAAUAACUGUUCAUUCUCCUUCCCUCUGUGUAUCUGGAUUAGACAGUUUAGACAAAACCAAGUGUCUCUUAAAAGAGAUUGGGGGUGAAAGCCCUUUGGGUGCUCAACAAGCCAAAUGUAUCCGUAACACUAAAAAAGAUACUGGCAUGACUCAUGAUAAGUCAGCAGAAAACAUGCUCACUAAUUUGACUAAUCCUCACUCAAGUAAAGAGGGCGGUGAUGUCCAAUGCACCUUGACAGCUUCACAGCAAGCUGAUGUCACAGAGCUCUGCAGGUUCUUGGAAGAAGCAGGUAGCGAAUUUUUACUUACACAGUUCAAACCCGAAAAGCCAAAGCUACAGUCUCCUGAUACCAUACCCCACCCUCAGGGAGUAGACAAAGAACUGGACCAUGAUUUUCUCACAGUUGCAGAUUUUGAUGACAGUUUUAGCACUGAUGCUGGAGAGCAAUUGGCUGAGAUGAUGGCAUCUGACAAAAUGACAUUACCUCCCCAGAACAAUAAAAACAGCAAGACACCCACAAACAUAAAUUCUUUUGCCAAGAAUGGACAUCCUGAAACACACAACAAACUAGAGGGAAAAAAAGAGUUUAUAUCUGACAUUGGAUUUAAAACUGCUGGAGGAGAUGCUUUAAGAGUUUCUGAGAAUUGUCUGACCAAAGCGAGGGCUUCUUUUGCUGAUUUAGAGGAAUGUCCAGUGAACUUCUCAGACAAGCCAAGAAAGACUUUACCUGACAAACAAAGAGCAAUUGGUCAAUUGAGCAAUAAUAGUGGUUUCUGUACAGCAAAAGGAAAGAGAGUAUCCAUGUCUAAAGAUGCACUUAAAAAGGCAAGGUCUCUCUGGAAGGAAUUUGAUGCAUUUGAGGACAACAAACAGAAAAAUGAAAGUUUAGGACCGAGUCAUCCCACCAAUCCAAAUCUCUGUCCACCUCGACAAAACGAAGGAUUUAAGACAGCCAGUGGAAAAGGAGUUGCAAUUUCGGUUACAGCCUUACAAAAAGGAAAAGCCCUCUUCAGUAAUUGUGAUAUAGAUGAGAAUAAAAAGGGAGUAACAACACAUCCCAAGUUUCCAUUUCAUCAGACAUCCCCAGUAGCAUUUUCAGCAGAGCCAUCACAGAAAGGAGUCUCUGUUUUCAUGGACAUCAAUACAGAAAUCCCAGUAGCUGCAGAAGUAAAGGAUAGAAUCCUCAUGGAUGUAGAGCCAGGAGAUGCUCAAAAUAAUAGAGAGAUAAUUGGUUGUACUUUCCAAACCACAAGGGGAAUAGAAGUCCAUGUCUUGGAAAGAAAUCUUUUGAAAACAAAAAAACUGUUGAAUGAACUUCCUGAUGGGGAAUAUGCUAAUUCUCCAACUACUCUCAGGCCCUACUCAGGAAGGUCAUUUGACGUUAAUAGAUCUGAUCUGGCACAGGUUAAGACCCUGGAAACACUCAACCUGAACUCAGAUCUUAAAAGCAUUGAUGGGGAAAAACCACAAAUUCAAGAAACUAGCCCUCGAGCCAUGAAAUCUCUUCCCUGUCUUCCUAAGACUAACUGUGCAAGAGAUGUUGGUGGACCGCAGGACAAUGGCAUGAGCCAGACCCAGACCAGCAGCUGUGACAUGAAUAAUUUCUUGAGCUCAGAUAAGUCUUCCAUGCUAAGCUUUGGAUCAUUUGGCCUUGGUGGCGUCACUGUCACCCAACAGCAGUAUUUUGCACAGGAAGCGAUGGACUGCACAAAGGCAUUGUUAGAGGAUGAAAAUCUAGGUGACUAUAGUAUUGCCAUGGCUUCAGACAGGAUGCCAACACAAGAGUGA